AUGAAAAAUAUAGGAACUCAGGAUUGGCCUCAGAUGGUUCAAUUCAUAGAAGAAUACAGACCUCAUAAUAGGAUUAGAUUGGAGCUUUGGAAGUGUCCUCAUGAAGGGUGUUUCAAAUGCAACACUGAUGAAGCUUCUAGGGAUAAUCUAGGAUUAUGUUCUGCAGCCUUUUGUGUAAGAAAUGAGAGAGGUGAUCUGAUGGAAGCUGGUGCAAGAAAGCUGCAGGACACAACAAAUAUUGUUGCUGAAGCAAGUGCUAUACAAGAUGGUCUGGAAUACUGUAUCUCUAAUCAUCUGGUUCCUGUAGUUAUAGAAUCAGAUUCAUUGACCAUGAUCAAUACUGUGGAGGAGAUAUGGGAUAGUCCAUGGAAGAUUAGUGUGGAAGUAAGGAAGAUCAAACAGUGGAGUAAUAAGGGCUAUGUGCAAUUUGCUCACAUCUUGAGAGAAGGCAUUGCACUGGCAGAUUAUCUACCUAACAUGGUUUUUGAUUUUGCAGGUACAAUUCAAUUCAUAGUUUUUAGGAGCUACCCACAGCUGCUAGGAAGAUUCUAA